AUCCUGUCCUUAACAUUUGAUUUUAUAUUUUGUUUUUUGUUUUGAAUACUUGAAUUUAAUUGUACCAUUGAAUUAUAAUUGAAUUAAAUUGUUAAAUUGUACUUCCCAACUCUGAUUGUAAUAGAAUGCUAAAAGGCAUGUCAGUUUGUACUAAAGGAAUGAUAUGGAAUUAGAACAUUCCUGACUACAUGCCCUUUUUAGAAACUUACCAUCAAACACUUGGUCAUCAGCGUUCGAUCGGUAAGGUUUGAAGAUUCUAACUCCUCUUUUCAUCUCUUUCCCUAGCGUAACAUCUACCUAACCCACUAACCCUAUUUAAAUAAACUUACAUAUUAUAACGUUUUACUGAAACCAAACUUGUGUUUUGCUUUUUACUCCUUUGCGGUGUUGCUGUGGGUAUUCUAUUUCUUUGCUUGUUAUUCCCCAACUCUGAGGAAUAACAAGCUGCUACAUACAGUCCACUCAUCUACGACCUUCGCUUUACAUCAUAUAUUUGGAAUCCCCCCCCCCCCAAAGCUAUUCAUGGUCCUCCGCAGCCGUUCACUGGAAACUGCAAGAAAAACUCACACACACAACAGAAGGUAAAACCAAACCAAAAUCCCAAAGUUCCCAUGUUAGUUGUGUGAAGCACCGGUAAGUGCAAAACCAUUUUUUGUUCUCUUGAAGAAAAAACAUUUGCAAACAACCGCGAAAAAAAUCGUACAGAAAACAGGAAAAUCGAACUAAUUAUCAUAAAAAGUGCUCAAAAUUUCAAAAAUUCCAUAAAUUUGAAAAAUCUGUGAUAAAAUGUGAUAAAAGAUAACAAAGAAAAAAAAAAAAAAAAGUCAGUUUGUAAUGCAAAGUUGUUGUUUUCGUCGUUUCGACAUUAAAAAUUGUUAAUUUUCGUUAGUUUGAAAGUUGAAAAUGGUCAAAUUAAAAGCCUAAAAAGCCAAAAAAAAAUUGACAUAAUAACUGCCAAAAACCAAUCAAAAUUCGUUUGUUUGCAAAUGUUCGUUUGUGUGCCAAUAAAAUUAUACACUCAACAAAAAAAUCUGCAGAAAAUUCAAGAAAAAGUGCAAAGUGCAAAGUGCAAAAUUUUUUCGGUUGAAAGGGUGUUUGAAAAAUCCAUAAUUUUUGCUAUAACGGUAAAAAAAAAACGGUGAAAAUAACGGUCGAACACGUGCCCAAAAAUCCGAAAGAAUCGUCUUAUAUACAUAUAGAUACAAAUACAUAAGGUGCACUUAUGUACAGGAAAGGCAAUAAAGAAGAAGAAACCCAGUCUGUAAUCCAAAUAGAUAGAAGAAGAAAAGCCCAUGUAAAAAAAAGAACCGUUUUUGUUUAAAAGAAAUUCAAAAAAAAAAAAGGAGAAAAUAAAAUUUUUUUUUUCGUUGUGCAUGGAGGCUAAUAUAAUACAACAAAAAGAAAAAAAAAUGGGCUCAAAGCAAAUGAAUCUCAACAAGAUUUAUGAGUGCGCCAUCUGUUUGGAGAGGCACUCGCUCCGCUACUGCCGAAUCUUCUGCGGCAUGACGGUGGCAGAUAGGAGGGUGACCGUCCGUAACCACAAAUAUUGUAUGAACUGCCUGGCCCGGAGUCACGAGGUGGAGGACUGCCACUCAGCCGCCACCUGUCGAAAAUGCGGCUACCAGCACCAUACGAUGCUGCACCCACAAAUUCCGGUGCCUCCUACCGCCCUCACACCAGCAUAUGUAAGCCCCAAAGUUGCCAACCGCUACACGAAGAAAGCGACGACUGAAGCCACCCCCAGACGCAAGAAGUUGAGGACAAGAAGCCAACGACCAGAAAUCAAGCCGUCUGAGCUGCUGCAGAAACAGCUGCUCGCUGAGGCGCUGAAAUGUGUGGCAACAGUUAUCUGCGAAGAUGUUGCGUAGAUGCAAGGCCGGCGGCAUGGACAAUCCUGUCCUUAACAUUUGAUUUUAUAUUUUGUUUUUUGUUUUGAAUACUUGAAUUUAAUUGUACCAUUGAAUUAUAAUUGAAUUAAAUUGUUAAAUUGUACUUCCCAACUCUGAUUGUAAUAGAAUGCUAAAAGGCAUGUCAGUUUGUACUAAAGGAAUGAUAUGGAAUUAGAACAUUCCUGACUACAUGCCCUUUUUAGAAACUUACCAUCAAACACUUGGUCAUCAGCGUUCGAUCGGUAAGGUUUGAAGAUUCUAACUCCUCUUUUCAUCUCUUUCCCUAGCGUAACAUCUACCUAACCCACUAACCCUAUUUAAAUAAACUUACAUAUUAUAACGUUUUACUGAAACCAAA